AUGGGGCAGUUUCGAACUACUCGUCUGCCCACCGAAAUCGCUGAACUUAAACGAGAAUGGCCUGGGGCCGCUGUUAUUCCAUAUAAACCAGGGACAUCGGAGGUCAUUCGAAGAUUUCUAAACACGGCUAACAUAAGGGUAACUUUCCGGAGGAGAAACACUCUGCGCUCUGCACUCGUAUACUUGAAGGAUCGUCUCCUGGCAAAUGGAACUAGGGACUAUCAACAAAAUCAAGCCCCUAAACAUAAACAAGCGGAGCGCCGAUGUGAAAUGCUAGAACCUUACUUGGCGAACGCUCAAGGAACAUACAAUAGAAAGAAAUCAGUCUACGGUGACCCGAUUUGUAAUGCGAAACCCAUAAGGCUGGUGAAAACGUUUCGACAGCUCACGAACGAUUUUGCCCUUCUUAAGUUUCAUCAGAUCAACCUUCUGUUCAAUUUGAAACCAAAUUCCACAAAAUUCGCGAAAUACACUCAUUUGCACAUCCUUUUCCCUAAACAUAAACAAGCGGAGCGCCGAUGUGAAAUGCUAGAACCUUACUUGGCGAACGCUCAAGGAACAUACAAUAGAAAGAAAUCAGUCUACGGUGACCCGAUUUGUAAUGCGAAACUACAGACGUCACACGUUAGCCAUAAGGCUGGUGAAAACGUUUCGAUAGCUCACGAACGAUUUUGCCCUUCUUGGGUCUCACCAGAUCAACCUUCUGUUCAAUUUGAAACCAAAUUCCACAAAAUUCGCGAAAUACACUCAUUUGCACAUCCUUUUGUUGCUGAAAAUCCGUCGAUAGCCCGCGACCGGUUUCGCCCUUUUUGGGGCUCAUCAGAUAGGCGCAGUCCCCGGGUUUCCGUCAACCUUAUUUUCUACUUGAAACAAAUUGCACGAGACUACAUUCGGCACCGUCGUGGAUUGCACGAAGUCAUCCAUCGACUGGAUAUAGAAUGGUCAGCCAAAACUUUCAGUGGAACUUAUGAGGAGGCAGUUGACAUGUACCAGUUAAUUUAUUAUUCAACCAAACGUUUUCGUGGGAGAAAUGUUGCAACUGCUGCUUUACUUAACUUCGUUCAGAAAUUGCGCCAAAAAUUUCUGGAGUUUUGGAAGACUUAUGAACACUUGGCUCUGGAAAGUCAGAAGAUUAUCCCGCUGCAAACAAUGAUGGAAAACCGACCCACCCGAGCUAAGCCCCUGUGCUCCCUAUCAUGGGAAAACAAUACUAUCGACGGACACACAGAUUUGGUACUGGAACACCGAUUGGGACACAUGCUUUGGCGAGCACACAUUGCAGACCAUGAGGUAGAAAAACUGACCGUCAAAAAGAACAGGUUUAAUCUGUUCGGAUUUCGAAAGCAUUUAUUGUCAUCACACGAGAUCAGUGAUUCACCACCAGGCAAUCAAGUUUUAUGCGUCCCGGAGUUGUGCAUUCGUCUGGAUGGCCAAAAUAAUGUUACAAGUGAGCUGGUUCAACGCUUCCGCUCCGAACUUUUUGAAAGCUGGUCAUUGGCGAUUGACAAGGUCGCUCCGCUUCUACUAAACUUCAUUUCUUCCAUUUUUACUCAGUGGAUUAGUUUGAAUAAAAUACACCAAAAUACUGGCGAAAGGAAGAAAGCCUUUGCUGCUGAGUUGCUUAUUAGAAAACGUCAGUUACAGACAGUUACAUCUGGACAGGGAAGCAAAACUCUCAUAUGCAUCUUGUCUACAAAGACUGAAUAA